CAUAGCUAAAAACGAAGUACAGUGCAACGCCAUAAUUCACUAAUACAUCAUAAAUCGUUGAAAGUACCCGCGUUAUAACGACCAAGAGAAAUCUAACAAAUCAAGCGCCCCUUAGUACUCAGCUGUAAGCCUGCAACUCUCUAAAACAACCUAAAUGAGCUCUUACUUUGUAAACUCGUUCUCGGGGCGCUACCCAAAUGGCCCCGACUAUCAACUGCUAAAUUAUGGAGCCGGCAACGGCGCAAUGAACGGCGGGACGUACAGGGACUCUUCCUCCGCCAACAUGCACCAUGCGACGGGCUCUUACGGCUACAACUACAAUGGCAUGGACCUGACCGUCACCAACCGGGGAGGGGGGAGCGGCAGCGCCUCCAACACCGGAGGACACUUCGGGGGCGGCUCGGUCGUUGGGGACUCCAGGGGCUUCGGCUCCCCAGCACCGGAGACGGGCUUCAGACAGCCGUCCAGCUGCUCUCUCGCCUCUGCGGCAGACUCCCUCCUGUCACCCGGUAUUGGAGAACCCAAACUGGGCGCCCAGAGCUCGUCUCCCCGCUCGGAGCAACCAGGAAGCGGUAAUCUCAGCUCUCCAAAUCUGUCCUCCACCUCCUCCGGCGGCAGCGGCACGGCGCAGCGCUUCACGGAGCUGGACGACUCGUCACCAGAGACCGAGGAGUUGCAGCACAAAAGGGACGCCGGCCACGGCAGCAACCCGCCGCCCAGGACCGGGCACCCGCAGAGGCAAGAGGGCGGCCCGGCGGGAUCAGCCGCUGGCAGCACGACGGGCAGCGAUACUCAGCCACCACAGAUAUUCCCCUGGAUGAGAAAGCUGCACAUUAGCCAUGAUAUGACAGGCCCGGACGGGAAACGGGCGCGGACGGCGUACACCCGCUACCAGACUCUGGAGCUGGAGAAGGAGUUCCACUUCAACCGGUACCUCACCAGGCGGCGACGUAUUGAAAUCGCGCACGCGCUCUGCCUCACGGAGCGGCAGAUCAAGAUCUGGUUCCAGAACCGGAGGAUGAAGUGGAAGAAGGACAACAAACUGAAAAGCAUGAGCCUGGCCACCGCCGGCAGCGCCUUCCAACCCUAGAAAUGAACCCAAAAAAAAAAAAAAAUCCAUACCUCCAUUUCUGUGGAAAAGUUACUCCCAUGUACAGGCUUCCCGGGAGGGAAUAGAGAGACAAAACAGGAAAGAAAACUUGAAGAAAACAUAAAAACGCCAGAAGAAGCCGGCAGAAAAUGGAGAAAAAGAAGACGGUGAUGCAGAAACAUUUGUACAGUGUCAGAUUCCAAACCCAGAUUUUAAAAACACUUCCUAUUGUCAACGGAGUACUGUACAGCAGCGCAGCACUUUUUAUUUGUUCAGCAUGUUGGUCUUUGGUGUUUUAGGGCAAUGUACAAAAAAAUGACUGUGGUACUUGCUCUUGUAAAAACAAAAAAAAACUUAGUGUUCCUCUAUGUUGUUGUCGUUUUUUGUUUUUUUUUAAAUCUGUCCCGAUCAGAGGAGUCGAGAUAAGGAAAGGAUGAGUAAUGCUACCUAACUACGCUUCUAUUUACGUCCUCCCUGACAACCUUGCUACCUACCUGUUGAUGUCUAUAUAUCGCUUUAUGUGUCAAGUGCGAUGUUUUAUAUUUGACCAAGUGCUUUCUAGAGAUGUCAGCAUGUGAGCUCUUAUUCUAAGUUGUUUACAGCCAAUAAUAUGUGUAUAGCCUCCAGUUUGAGUCCCUUUCUCUUUUCUCUUUCUCUCUCUCUCUCUCUCUCUCUCUUUCUCUCUCUCUCUCUCUCUGGCAGACAUUUGCCAUUCAAAUCUGCUCUUAUUUUUAUUUAGGAAGCAGGAAAAUGUGUGUGUGUGUGUGUUUGUGUGUGUGUGUGUGUGUGUGCGUGCGUGUGUGUGUCUAAAAACAAAGCCCCGCUUACCUCCUUAAUGUUGUGUAGCUCUAUUAUUCAAAAAGUGUAACUGUACAUUAUUGUUAUUAUUAUUGUAAUUAUUGGAUUCAUGUUUCAGAAAGGAUGUAUAUAGAUAUAUAUUAACAUUUUUAAAUGUGACCAGUUGGCUAUUUGUAGUUGCAGAUUGUGUAUGUGUGUGUGUGUGAGAGAGAGAGAGUGCGUGAAUGCUCGCCCGUGAGUGGUGUGUAAAAGUAUGCGUGUGAACGCACGUAAGAUAGAUGGCUACUGUACUGUAGAAACAUUUACG